UUACAUUUACCCAAACAUGACAAGCUGAUCACCGAGGUUGUCAUCCUAUGCUCGUCGUUGUAAAUGGGCUCUAAGGCAGAGAAGAAAGUGAUCAUAGUGGGAAAAUAUUGCGUUGGGAAAACCGCCCUGAUACACAGGUUUACAACGAACAGAUUUAACGAGAAAUCAUCUUACGAACCUGUGAGUAUUGUUUCAAUUGCUUCCAAGAAUCAGCUUAGCACCCGAUAAUGUAAUGGAUCGAGAGUAGCUAAGAGUUUUGAGGCUUCUUUCUCUUUCAGCGCAGGAAGAAAAGACAUUGUUUGAAUUCGGCGACUUUUCAAUGCGAUUCCUAAUUCAUCCAAGUGUCAGUGUUCUCUUGCGCUCGUAAACGAUACAUUUUGACGAUCGCACACGAAACGAACUAAUUAAAGGCUCAUGGUUCUUAACUACAUAUUUCGAAAUCGCUAUCUGUGAUAUACCUGUACUUAUCACUCAGAUUCUAUUUAUAUUUGAUACCGUUUUCCCCGAUGGUGAAGUGAUUUGUGCAAUGCAAACAUCGACUAUCCAUAGCGCUGACAAGAGCAACCCACUUCUCGGAAAAACACGUCACUUAAUUCAGUCUAAAUUCCUUUGCGUGAAAGCUGCCUCGUCUAACGUAGCCCUACGACGGAUUAAUUUAAGUAUUGACGAAGAAAAUUUUUAGGAAAUGAAAGAUGUCCUUUAUAUAAUGGCGUCUAGUAAAUAAAAGCGAUGUGGAAGUCAAGAAAGGAGUCGAUCGGCACCGAUUGCAAUUUACAAUUUUGAUAAAUUUACAAUUUAUUCUGUUUUUCAAUGUGUAAAACUCCGUGAAGAGUCCAAAUUCUCCUCGCCAAGAAAGUGGAAGCAGUUAUGAAAGCAAACUGUUGUAAGCGAAAGAGAGAGCGAUGGUGAUAUCUUGAUUGAUCUUGACAAGACCAUCUCGUUCCAAUCUAAGUCUUGACAUAUAAUUACUAAAAGCUGACAACAUUUUUCGAUGAGCCAGGCCCCUUAAGAUCACUAUGAGAUAAAAAAAAAUUCCUCUCUGAACAUACCUUUGUUAACGAUUUAGCAUUAUUUGACACUGUUUGCUUUCAAAAAGUUUCAUUUAUGGACGAACGUUAUCCGAAACUUUGUCCGGUGCAGUACUUUUUUUCUUUUUAUUUAUUCAUUUAUUUCGUAUUUGCUUUUGACGCUGUUCUCGAUUCUUUCAAGAAAUCUUUAAAUUAACAUAAGGAAACCACGCGUCCUUUCGAUCAAAAUUAUUUAAAAGGAUCGAUGUAUCGCUCACAUGGACUCUUCUCCGAAAUUGUGGCCGAAAAUAAAGAAUGAUCAUGAGAAAAAUACGCAUGGAAAUGGAAAUGCAAAGUUCAAAAGCACGAGCUUAAGAACUCAAAGAAAUACCGUGGAUUUCGAUUUGGUAGAUAAAUGACUCUAAAAUUGUUCGUACCAUUAGAGACGAUUGCUUGACUAGAGCAAGCACCUACUAAACCUCAGACCAAAAAAAAUUGUCAGUUUAAGUUAAUUUAACUUAAAAUUGCAUUCGUCGGCUGAAUCUGAACAUUUGACCAAAUGAAACCUUGCGCUUUGACCAAAUAAAGAUUGCCAAAUUUAGAAUUGGCUCAGCAAUUAUUUAUUCAUUCCUUUUCAGUCGUCUUACUUUGGAAAGGAGUCAAAUUUCGUUUGCUGCAAAUAUUCCUUUUUCAGACCUAUGUUUUUUAUUUAUUUAUUUAUUUUUUACCCUCUGCAGACCAUAGGGGCGGCGUAUGUGGCGAAGAAAAUGACUGUGGGCAAAAAAUACGUCACUCUUGGAAUAUGGGUGAGCCGAUCCCUAUCUUAGCAUGAAUUACCAUUUUCUAGCGAUGAAAGUUUUCAUAAGCCAGUGCAGAUUGUCUGGCAACAGACUGUCUCGCGAAUUUUGAUCAGACCAAAAGAAAAACUCACAUACGUGAAUGCAGUUAAUUUUAGGCCCAGGGACUGUAGAAAACUGACUGUCAAUUGUCAAUGCCCCCCAGUGCUAAGUGGCUACGGCUCCUGUUAAAGUGUUUUAAGUAAUUAAUUAUUUAAAAAUGUUUUAGUCACGUGUAACAAAUUAUGAGUGCGUAACUUUUACAAGUAGACGUGCCUAGUUCGUCAACUGACCUGGCCUUGAACUGGCCUUAAGUCGCUUUGAUGUUUUUCAUUCUACCAGUCGGUUAGGAAACGCACAGAAAAACUGACUGUGUAUAAAAUAAUUAUGAUGUAAAAAGCCUCGAAGAUUAAAGCCAAGCAAACAAAGUAUGGCGCUGCCUAGAAAUCCAACGCAAAGCGCAAACCGAUCAUGUAGAUAUUUGUGGAGAGUGGCUUGCCCUUGUCGUCUCGUGGCUUUGGCUGAUGCACCGGUGUCCCUUGUACACUCACGCGAGCUUUCAUUUAAUAGCUUUGGUUUUUAGUGAUGUUUUCUCCUUUUUCUGUUUUGGUUUACCCGAGAGUUCUUUCCACUUUCUCAUUUUCUAAAAGGCUUCAAUUCCCUCCCAAUUGGGUAAGAAUCGUUUAACAACAUUAGUGUUUUCCAUUCACUCUUUCGUUUUCAUUUAGGACACAGCAGGUUCAGAACGCUUUGAAUCAAUGACUGCGUUAUAUUAUCGUGGAGCUGAAGCAGCCAUCAUUUGUUAUGGUAAACACGCUUUCGUUAACUUUGGGAUUAUUGCGGUAAAAAAUCGUGUGGGGCUGCUGCAAUUUGCUGAUUUUGUUAAGCAUUGAUCAAUCUGUUGAUAAUGACAAUGAUAAAAUAAUAAUAAUAAUAAUAAAUAAAUAAAUAAAUAAUAAUAACAAUAAUGAUUAAGCAGUGGACAAUCCACGAGGUGGGUCUUCCUGUCCACUGUUUCCAGGCGGAGUUGAACUGACGCUCUAUAUUUGUCCAGUUCUUUAUAGGCCCAGCAGCCGCAGUUAAUUAAUACCUGCACGUGUUUAUUUCUGUUUAUGUAUGUACUAGAUAUAUGCGACUCCUCUAGCUUUGAAAAAGCCAAGUUCUACGUGACAGAAGUUAGGCAAAAUAACGAGGUAUGUAAGUAGUACAUUAUCCUCCAAGUGCCUUCGCGAAAUCGAAAGUGAUGGUUAUAAAUGAAAACCAAGAAAGUUUGAACAUAAAGGACAUUCAAUACAGCACAAAAAGGGUCUUCCUGUUAAGAACUUUGUUCUUUAAUUUUCUUCGGUAACAAAUUUAAACGAAUUUUAAAAUAAAAUCAUUCUUAAUUGGUAACGUUACACUUCUUUGACGUGUUAAUCUGGACUGAUGGAUGGUAAGACAAAAGAACAUGCAGACUAAGUACCUGUAUGACCAACUGUGACAUUGCUAUUGUUGUAGAAUUGUAAGCUUUAUCUGUGUGGAACAAAGUUUGACUUGGUAAGUUCCGGGAACAGAAAUAGAGAAGUUACCAGGGACAGCGCAGAGGAUUACGCCCAAAGUGAGUUUUUGAGCUUUUAAUUCCCUUGUAAUCUAGAUUGAUGCAUUCUGUAUCACUUGUUAAUUCUUGGCUUAUGUUAACAACGACGGACAUUUUUUUUUAAACGUUCAUAUGGGCCAGAUUCUUUAUUUGAGUUACUGUGGACCAGAAGGAUUCAGUAGUCCAGAUAUUUUCUUCUGUGUUUUUCCUUAUACUUAUCACAUUUCCACUGAUUUGCUUUCAUUACCUCCGACACUAAUCCACUCUUCCCAGAUACCAAAGCAAGGAAAGUAAUUGAAACAUCAAGUAAAACGGGAGAAAACGUCCGUAAGUACAUACCGAAAUAAUAGUUUCUAUUGAUUGGUUGAUUAACUGACUAAUUCAUUAAUGGAUUGAUUGAUUGACAUUGACUACUCCGUUGAUUGAUCGAUCGACUAAUGAUCAAACUAUUUGAUCUUUUUUUUUUUCAAUUUUUCAAUUUCACCAGACGAACUCUUUUCAAUAAUAGCCAGGGACUUGCUGAAGGAAACACCAACAGGUACAUAACUACCAACAUUUCGAACAUACGGCUUUCAUUAACGGACGACUCUCGUUGCCGGACUCUUGCCCCUCCUUCCGUGGACAGGAGUUUUCGAUGGAAAAAAAAGACUUGGCUCUUUCUUUAGGAAACUAAAUUAGGGUAACUCAACGGGACAUAAUUGCAUCGUAUUAGAGACUUGAUUUGAAGCGAUUCGGUUCGUGCGCCAACAUCACUGUUCUUUGAAAUCUAUUUCAGUUACAAUAUAAAUAAUCUAUUACGCGCUUUUCCUCAUUCGUCUGUUUUCUUUCGACUAAGUUUUAACUCUGUUGUUAAUUGAGUUCUCCAAAUGAUUGCAAUAAGCACCAUGGUUGUCCCCUCCCAGAUAGUUCGGUAAGUGGAGGAGGCGAUAAUAGCAAAGCUUUUAGAUGAGAGAGGUUUCUUUUCUGUUUUAUAGAAAAUACAGUACCUCCCUUCAAGUUUGGCUUACAUGAAUCUACACAAAACGUUAGACCAUUUUGUGGAUGUAGCAGAUGAUCGAGCCAGUUCUGUCGUUACUAUGGAGACAAAAUUGUAGUAAGAAGUAAACGACGAAGGGGAACUUUGUCCUAAAAGUAUUUACAGUGGAGAAAAUAAUCACACUAGGAAUUAAAUUCUGAUUGACUGGUUCCUCGCUCUCUGAAACGGACCUUUAGAACCGAUGUGUACAUCCUUACGAAAAUCAGUAGGGGUGCAGUUGUAAAUGAGUUUGAGGCAAAUAAAAUAAGUACAUAAAUGAAUUAACGAAGGAACAAAUAGGUUAAUUGGAUUUUAGAUCUCUGAUGUGGUUGAGAAAUUCUAGAAAUAACUAAGCAAGAAAGCCACAGUUCCUGUAACAGUGACG